AUGGUGCGCUCAGCUGUGUUUCUGUCGCUGCUGGCGACCAUCUCCGGGGUCAUUGCCCGCGGCUCUGGCCAGACGUCGAAAGUCGUCCCCGGCGCCUACAUCUUCGAAUUUGAGAAUGACCAGGACACGGCCGCUUUUUACAAGCAGCUUAACGGCGAGGGCUCAACUCGCAUGAAGUUCAACUACAAGCUGUUCAAGGGUGUCUCAGUCCAACUGAAAGACCUCUCCAACCAUGAGAGCAAGGCACAGAAGAUGGCCCAGCUGCCCGCGGUCAAGAACAUGUGGCCCGUCACCCUCAUCCAGGCCCCCAACCCAAAGGUCGAGUGGGUUGCCAGCAGCACCUCUCCUGCUCUGCAGGCAAGAGAUGUCAGCCCGACUGAUCCAAACAACUUUCCUCCCCACCAGAUGGUCCAGAUUGACAAGCUGCGGGCCAAGGGAUUUACAGGCAAGGGCGUUAAAGUUGCCGUCAUUGACACAGGCAUUGAUUACACUCACCCUGCUCUUGGUGGCUGCUUUGGCGCAGGCUGUCUGGUAUCAUUUGGUACUGACUUGGUCGGUGACAACUACAGCGGUUUCAACACCCCUGUGCCUGACAACGAUCCCAAGGACUGCGCCGGCCACGGCUCUCACGUCGCUGGUAUCAUUGCUGCCCAGGAGAACCCAUACGGCUUCACUGGUGGCGCUCCCGACGUCACUCUUGGUGCUUACCGAGUCUUUGGCUGCGAAGGCCAGGCCGGUAACGAUGUUUUGAUUGCUGCAUACAACAAAGCAUUUGAAGACGGUGCUCAGAUCAUCACUGCCUCCAUUGGCGGUCCCUCUGGCUGGGCUGAAGAGCCUUGGGCUGUUGCCGUCAGCCGCAUCGUCGAAGCUGGUGUUCCUUGCACUGUCUCUGCCGGUAACGAUGGUGACCACGGUCUUUUCUUCGCCAGCACGGCGGCCAACGGAAAGAAGGUUCUCGCUGUUGCGUCUGUUGACAACAAGAACAUCCCAACCGUCUUCUCCCUCUCCAGCUACAAGGUCGACAAUGGCGAUUCCCAGCAGUUUGGUUAUGUCUCUUCCGCCAAGGCCUGGAAGGGAGUGACCAAGCCUGUCUACGCUGUGACUCUCGACACCACAAUUCCUGAUGAUGCCUGCUCACCUCUCCCCGAUAGCACCCCUGACCUCUCCAACUACAUUGUCCUUGUUCGUCGCGGUACCUGCACCUUUGUCCAGAAGGCUCAGAAUGUUGCUGCCAAGGGCGCCAAGUACCUCCUCUACUACAACAACAUUGCCGGUGCACUGUCCGUCGAUGUUAGCACUGUAACUCGGAUUACCGCCGCCGGCAUGGUUCAGGACUCGACUGGUGCGGCUUGGAUUGCUGCCAUCAAGGCCGGAAAGACUGUUACCUUGUCAAUGGUUGACCCGGAUUCAGCCACCAAGCAGAUUCAGUUCGCCGACAACAAGGCGACUGGUGGUGCUCUCAGCACGUACACAUCCUGGGGACCUACCUGGGAGGUGGACGUCAAGCCCCAAAUCAGCUCUCCUGGUGGCAACAUUCUGUCCACCUACCCCGUCGCUCUGGGAGGAUAUGCUACCCUUUCGGGUACCUCGAUGGCCUGCCCCUUGACUGCUGCUGCUGUUGCUCUGGUUGCCCAGGCUCGCGGAACCUUUGACCCUGUCCUGAUUGAGAACCUGCUGGCCACAACUGCCAACCCCCAGGUCUUCAACGACGGCGCUCAAUUCUACGACUUCCUCGCUCCCGUCGCUCAGCAGGGUGGUGGUCUCAUCCAGGCCUAUGACGCCGCUUUCGCAACCACUCUUCUGUCUCCAUCCAGCUUGACCUUCAACGACACUGACCACUUUGUCCGCAAGAGGCAAAUCACCCUCAAGAACACUAGCAAGCAGAGGGUCACCUACAAGCUCAACCACGUCCCCACCAACACAUUCUACACUCUGUCAGGCGACAGCCCCUACCCGGCUGCUUUCCCCAACGACGCCAUCGCGGCUCACGCCUCUGUCAAGCUUGCUUUGCAGACAGUGACGCUCCCUGCUGGAAAGUCCAUCACCAUUGAUGUCGUCCCUACUCCUCCUAAGGGCGUUGACGCAAAGCGCCUUGGCCUGUGGUCCGGCUACAUCACAGUCAACGGCACAGACGGCACCGCCCUCUCUGUCCCGUACCAGGGCCUGACUGGUUCCCUCCACAAGCAGCAAGUCCUUUUCGCAGAGGAUUCUUGGAUCGCCAAGUCCACCGAUGAGAACUUGAACCCUGUUGAGAACGGCACUGUCUUCACCAUUCCCGCCCCUGGUAAUGCUCAGUCCACUGAUGUGCUUCCCUCCCUUGUCGUCAGCCCGGCUUUUGGUUCCCGGCUCAUCCGUGUUGACCUUGUGCUCCUGUCGGCUCCUCCCAAGAACACCAAGAUCAAGACGACCAAGUUCCUCGAUACUACGUCCAUUGGCCAACCCGCUGGAGCACCUGUUCUCUGGGCGAGCCGUGGCCCGACUCCUCUUUCGUGGAGCGGCGAGCUGACUGACAACAAGUUUGCUCCUCCCGGAACAUACAAGGCCGUCUUCCACGCGCUGCGUAUUUUCGGCAAUGAGAAGAAGAAGGAGGACUGGGAUGUCAGCGAGUCUCCUGCGUUUACGAUCAAGUAUGCGUAG